CAAGUGAGCAUAUUGUUGUUUUAUUUUUUUUUUCUGGCCAUUUUUACAAUUUAUUCUCUUCCCCAGGAAAAAUAUACGCAUCACAUAAUCUCAUCAUCAAUAGAUUUUUUUUCGAUUUUUCUUUCUUUCUUUUUUUUGAGUAAAAAAUUCAUUGAUUUUUUUUACAGGUUAUUAUAAUUAGAUUGCCAAAUUUUUCAUCAACAACAAUCUUUUAAUUAGUUUUCACCAACAAAGAAAAUUAUCGAACAAACAAAAACAAAAAAAAAACAUAAAUCAUAAAACAAUGGAUAUGUAUUCGAAUUUUUAUCCACAAGCAGCAACGAUUCAUCAUAUGAAUCCGGUACCGAUACAGGGUGGUUAUCCUGCUACAAAUGGUUAUGGUGUUCCGACACGUGUACCACCGCCACCGAAUUCCAAUCAACGACGUAUGGAUAAUCGACAAAAUUUUCCAUCCGAUCAAAAUUCAUCAAAAACAUUAUGGAUGGGAAAUAUUGAUGGUUCAAUGGAUGAAAAUUUGAUUCAAGAAGCCUUUAAUUUGCUUGGUAUCAAUGUACACAAUAUUAAAAUAAUUCGAAACAAGGAUAGUGGAUUACCACUUGGUUAUGGUUUUGUUUCAUUUGAUGAUCGUAGUACGGCUCAAGAUGUACUUCGUGAGCUGAAUGGAAAGAAGAUGCCAAAUGUUGAAGAAGACAAACGAUUCUUUCUGAAACGAGCUAAUCGUAGUGGACGCUAUUCCGUAUUUGUUGGUAAUCUUCCUCCACAAAUUGAUAAUGACGUAUUGUUGAAUGCAUUCUCUGCUUAUUAUCCAUCUGUUUCUUCGGCUAAAGUUAUCAUGAAUGAUGGUAUUAGUAAAGGAUUUGGUUUCGUUUCAUUUGAUGAUGAAAAUGAUUAUUAUCAAGCAUUGAGUCAACAAUCAAUGAUGCUUGGUGCGCAACCAAUUUCGGUUAGUAAAGCUAGACAUAAUAAUAAUCAAGGUGGUAUUGGUAGCGGUGGUAGUGUUGGAGGUGGUUUAGGAAAUCGUAGUCGUUUCCCACCAUCACAACGGGAUCAAUCAUUCAACAACAAUCGUAAUGAUUCUCAACAAUUUCGUCCACAAAAUUAUUAAUUGUGAGAAAAUGAUUGAU